AUGGAGCAUAAACACUUCGGUCCCAGCAAGCCUAUUAAGGACAGCAAUCGUACUAGUCCCCACUCCACACGCCGUGCACUCUCCCUUACGCAAACCCCCUUUGUCUUUCCCCCACCCCUUCUCCUCUUCCCCCCUCUUCCCUCCGCCUCUCUCCCCCACCCCCUCGUCUCCUUGCCCCCCACCCUCUCUCCAUCUUUUGUUUUUGCUCCCAGCCUCGCUCUGGUAUUCGUUAUAGCAACCCCCUUUGUCUUUCCCCCACCUCUUCUCCUCUUCCCCCCUCUUCCCCCCGCCCUCUGCCCCCCCACACCCCCCCCCCCUCCUCCCCCCCUCUCCCCCCCCUCCCCGGCCCCCACCCACUCCCCAUCGUUUUGUUAUCGCUGCCAGCCGCGCUCUGGUACUCGUCAUAGCGCCACCCGCCAUAGUGACUCUGACGGCCGUCACAGCAAGAAUGGUGACAGUGAGAAGGGCUUCACGGGCAAUGGCAGCGCUGAUGGGCAGGGGUUUGAGCUGCCGGAUCCGCCGUCCAGGUUCGAUGCAUCUGUAGCGUGGCGCCAGAUACAGCACCGCACGGCUGACUCGUGCUGGAGCCAGCAGGAGCGACACCUGUACCACACGGCCAAUCCGUCCCCUCCGUCAGCAGCGUUCAGAGAUGCAGUGGAGGAGUUUGAAGCGAUGCAGAGGGAGUGUGUGGGGUUCCGAAAAGUGGACAGCUGGCAAUGGGUCAAAGUCAAGGCCACGUGGUAUGAUGGGGGCACGUGGUGUGAGAAGGGCACUUGGUGUGAUGGGGGCACGUGGUGUGAGAAGGGCACUUGGUGUGAUGGGGGCACGUGGUGUGAGAAGGGCACUUGGUGUGAUGGGGGCACGUGGUGUGAGAAGGGCACUUGGUGUGAUGGGGGCACGUGGUGUGAGAAGGGCACUUGGUGUGAUGGGGGCACGUGGUGUGAGGAGGGCGCUUGGUGUGAUGGGGGCACGUGGUGUGAGAAGGGCACUGGGUGUGAUGGGGGCACGUGGUGUGAGAAGGGCACUGGGUGUGAGAAGGGCCCACCAUGGCCAUCAUCACCAUCCCUGUCUGUCUGCUUCUGUACCUUUCAUUUACCCGACAUUCACAGUGUGCUCAUCGUGCCUAUCAGUUAA